CCAAAACCCAACACAACUUUUAAUCUUCACAUCUCUACCACCACAAAUCAUGAAGACAUCUCUGGUCUUCCUUGCCCUCAGACUGCUGGCUUGUUCAGUUUGGGAAAUGCAUGGGCAAUGCCAACAGGUUGACCUUGAUGACCAGGAAGUAGUGGAAGCACAGCUGGAGAAGCGCAUGGAGCAACAGCUACAGGGAACCUGCUGGGUGUGUAAGUGGGCACUGAACAAAGUGAAGAAAUCCAUCUCCACUUCCUCUAGCCAGGAGGAGAUAAAGCAGAAGCUAUUGUCCGUUUGCAAUAAAUUAUCUGUCCCAAAAUCUAUGUGUAAAGGCCUGGUGAAAAAACACUUGCGGGUGCUGAUUGAGGAGCUUAAUGCAGGCCAUGACGUGAGGACCAUCUGUGUUAACAUUAAGGCCUGCAAACCAAAGGAAGUUUUGGACCUGAGCUACUGACCAAGCAGCCAGUAUCCAGAUUCCAAAGUGAGAAGAUGGAUGUUCAGGUGUCAUGACAAUGCUAUGCUGCCAGCCUCUUGCUCUUUCUUUUUCAAACUGGUCACAACACAAACAUAUAAAUGGAUGAUGAAGUUGGAAUGAUUAUGUUCUGAAAUAAUGUUUUGGGAACAUGUCUUAUAAUUAAGCAAUAAGGCCAGAGGGGGUGUGGUACAUGGCCAAUUUACCAUGGCUAUGGGCUGUUCUUAUGCACCAUGCAACGCAGAGUGCCUGGAUACAGCCCUUAGCUGUGGUUGAAUGGCCCUAUACCGGUGGUAUAUUGUCUCAUACACCAUGGCUUUCAGCCAAUCAGCAUCCAGGGCUCAAACGAUCUAGUUUAUAAUAGUGUAGGUGUCUGUCUUAAACUGCAGUACAUUUUGUAUCAUCUACAAAGGUAUACAUUUUGCUACUUUAGUCCCAUAGAGGGAAAUCAUUCAAUUGAAAUCAAUUCUUUAGGCCCUAAUCUAUGGAUUUCACAUGACUGGGCAGGGGUGCCAUGGGUGGCCCUGGGAGGGCAUAGGCCCACCCACUGGGGAGGCAGGCCCAGCCAAUCAGUAUACGUCAUUCUUAAAUUGCAUUACAUUUUGUAUCAUGUACAAAUGUAAACCUUUUGCAGCUUUAGUCCCAAAUGUCUAAAAUGUUUAAUGUUUGGCAAAAAAUAAUCCUCAAUUGAUAGAGAGUACAACUCCUUCUUUGACACCUCUAACAUAACUCUAUAAAUAUAUCCAAUUAGAAUUUUUACUGAUUAACGUGUAGUAUAAUUCUGGCUACCUUUUUUAUUUAGAAUUUCCGUUUUCUGUAAAGAAUCUUGAUUGCUUGGUAUGUGGCUUAAAGUAAUUCUCCAGUGUUUCCAGAUUUCUAUGAAAUAUGACUUAUUAUAAUAAGUAUGAAUUAUAAUAUGAGUUAAAAAGUUUUCCUUUCCAGAUUUUUCAAAUUAAGUCAGUUAAAAAGCAGCUUUUCUGUGAAUGGUGUGGGCGUACCAAAACAGAAGAAUGGGGUUGGCGUAUACCAGUCAUUACAAAUAUUAAUGCGAGUGGACCGCAGAUUAGCCAGCUCAUCCUCUUCAAGGAGAUGACAUCAUGUUCUCUGAGGAAAUAGCAAGCAUUUUUGAAAAGGUCUGUUUUAGAUAUAAGUUUGAGAUGGGGUUUUUAAAAGUGUUUUUUUUCUCCAAUUUAUGCUUCUGCUACAAAUACGGAUAUAGGAUGAGUCAACAAUUAUUUUGGUAUGAGUUGAUCGAAUAUGAUCUUUUCACUAUACAGUUACUUUAAAAAUGACAUCCAGCAAUGGCUUUCGUCUGAAUCAUUUUAUAGAGUUAUGAAUUACAGAGUUACACCAACCAAUCAAUUCAAUCAAACAUGACAUUGCUACUACAGUACCAUGCCUCUGAUGAAAAGCUAUUUCCACACCUUUCACAAAUUACAUUAAGCAAUCAUGUAUUUUGACAGUACUCACUUGCAAAGCUUAAUUCUAGCAAAAAAAACAAUCUGUAGUUGAAAAAGUCUUCAGUCAGCAGCAUCAAACUGAUCAAUUUAUGCACAAACUUUUUUUGCACAAUGACUGGAGAAAGUCGAUUCGAUCACAGAUUCGAUCGCAGGCCUCCAGCUGUUAGAUAUCUUUCUGUAGAGUAGAAACCCAUUAAAUAUUGUAAACCUUGAGACAUUAUGAAGGCUCAUACAUUCUUAUAACCAGUGUUAAACCUGCAGACCUUUUUACCACACAUUUCAACAGCCUUGAGAGCUAACACAUAUUGGUUACAAGCCCUGCAUCAUGUAGGAUCCAUGUAAAGUAGAAUGAUGUCAUAUGUCAUGCUGUUUGUCACCUUAAUUGUCUUCUGUGUUUAGGAAUCAUGUUCUUCACCUUCCUCAGGACCCACUUAGCAGACUCUAGAAAGCUUUUCUUCAACCUGGCUCUCAACAUUUUAAGCCAGCUGAUUGCCAGUUUGGUCAUUCCUGUAUUUUGGUUCUUAUAAUUUCUUGAGGAAAGAUUAUAACAUUUUUUUUUAAAUGUGUGUUCUAUCAGAAAAGAGACAUUGGUCAAGCUCAGGCACAUUGGUACAUUUUCAACCUGUUAUAUGCAUGCUCUAACAGGAUGGAAGCUAACAUGGCAAUGUGGCAAUGUGAAGCCUAAAUUAGCCAUAGCGAGUGAGCAAGACUGAGCUAACAUAAUGGUGAACACUGACAUUUAGUUAAUGUUCUCUAUAAUUUAGCCUAACAGGGUGGAAAUGUAUGUGUAGGACAUACAGACUAACAACAUGGAACAAUAGACACAACUCAGUGUUUAUAUUUAUUUAGCUUUGCACCAUUGUUUUCCAACCAAAGAAAUUAUGACAAUUCCUGAAUGUGGAGUCGUUGGAGGAAGUGGUUGUUUUCUGAAAUGGAGAAUUACAACAAACUAACAUUAUGGAAAAAGUUUUUUAUUUUAUUUUUUAAAUUAACAAACGAGGGAGGUUGACCGUGAUGACCAGCAAGUAGUGGAAACACAACCGGAAAAGCACAUGGUAAUAGUAUGCUACGGUCAAAAUGUUAUGAACUAGCAAAAAGUGUAGACAUUUCUGCAAUGUCCUAUUGGAAUACUCAACCUGCUACUGCGUAGCAGAACUUAACCAUAGAUAUAAAUAUAACUAAAGA